AUGGAGAGUCACUUUGGCACAUUUGCCGCCGCAACAGCGCUUCUGGGCAACUUGGUUCAGAGUUGUCUCGCCGUGUCGAGUUUUUGGGAGAAAAUUGAACAUGCGGAUGAGGAGGCCAAUCUGUUCAUCGUACGUCUCGACGGGCGCCUCUCGGCUUUACAUUGGUGGUCCACCAGGUGGAAGAUAAUAGACGACGAGGCAUCAUCGAUUAGAAUUCCAGAUGCUCGUUUUCAGGUAUACGGGAAUGCAAUCGCGAACUACUUAGAGCUUAUUUUACAUACUCUCCAUCACUUGACUUCUCAUCAAGACGAUGUUCCCAUCUUCAAAAACACACGUGCGGCUCAUACUUCUAACUCAUCGGAACGACUGGCAAUGCUGUUAAAUACACGGUGGGAGGCCCAUCUGGGAGCAUCCACAACGAACGCGAAUGAAGAUAAAUCUGGUUUCGGAGGUCGUCUGAAGUGGGCUUUGAAAAACGGCCGCGCCAUCGAGCGUUUAAAAGUCCUUGAGAGUCUUAUACAAGACUUGCAAGAGUUAUUUCCACCGCCUGGGCCUAGUUACGAUCUAUCUGGAGCAGUUCUCGUCAACCCUGCGUUGAUGACCGAACAGGGUGUUUGGAGGUUGCGAUGGUUAAGCCGCCAGGGUGAUAUUGAUCCAUUCGCCGCAUCGCUCGCCUGGCUCAAGCAUACUUCAAUAAGCCACAUAUACGAUCUGAAAGUAUCUUCCGGCAGUGACUCGCAAAGACAAUUGGCCAAUUUGGAGCGAUAUUCGUGCCCUGGAGAUGCAACUCAUUACACAACAGAGUACAACGGAUCAUCGAUGCUAAUCGAGAGAAAAAUUGUUCCCAGAGAGGCAGACAAUAAUGUUCUUAAGCUGCGCAUUGAGAAGGUGAUCCACUUGUUGAAAGCCUCGCAGAGCAUUCAAGAAUUGAGAACUCUGCCUUGUAUUGGAUAUUUGCAUAGACAGCCCGGUGAAGACGGCUUGAGCCCCGACGACGAGUACUGCGUAUAUGAGAUCUUAUACACAAUUCCUACUGGAUCUACUUUAUCAUUGAAUGCCAUGAUCAAAGAUAGCAAUAAGUACCAACCAGAGCUUUCACUUGACAAGCGUUUUGAGAUUGCUAGAAUUCUCUCCAGGGCAGUCUUGUAUCUACAUGUUGCUGAAUGGCUUCACAAAGGUAUCCGGAGUCACAAUGUGAUGUUUUGCUCUUCCGAAGAAUCAGCCACCAGAUCUGCUGAUCGAUUUGGGCAUCCAUACAUAGUCGGCUUUGAAUAUAGUCGAGUCAGUUCCAAAAAUGAAGGCACUGAAAACAGUGCGAGUAGCGACGAGGACAAUCUCUAUCGGCACCCAAUGGUUCAGGGCCCCCCUGUUGCCGAUACAGAUUCUUAUAUAGGAAAUACAGGGCGUUUCACUAAAGAUCACGACAUAUACAGCCUUGGCGUGACUUUAACCGAAAUCGGUCUCUUAAUGACUGCCAGUCAGAUUCUAGACAAGCUUCGAAAAACUAAAAAUUAUACCCAUACUCCUAAGAAUUUCCGUGACAAAUUGAUUGAAAAAUUUGUCCCAACAGUUGUCGCCUUUAAGAUGGGCCAAAUUUAUGCAGAUGUCACUAUACGCUGUCUUCGCGCGGACUUCUACAGUUUGCCUAAAGAGGAUAGUCGUGAAAGCUCUGUAGAAUUCUACAAGCACGUUGUUUCCCAGCUUGAUCUAUGCAGAGCAUGA